UGAAGGUGUGGGGUGGGGCCCGCGAGCUCCUUGCUGCUGCACGGACCCCCUCGCUCCUUUCCUGGCCACGCCCCAAUCUGGCGUGGUGGCGUGACCACGCCCGUAGUUUGACAGAUGCGAGGGGACGAACCUCAGUCCCCGCGCGUUACUUCCGCCGGAAGCCCAAUUCUCCAGCUUCCGGUCGGAGUUCGUCCUUCGAGUCCGGAAGUUGAGUUUCUACCAGAGAAAGAACCCCAAGCUCGCUUUCUGAAAGCUGCUUCGGGAUACUCGUGAGUGGGCUCGAUCCCAGCCCGGCGGUCGGAGCAGACCCGGCUCGAGGGCCGCCUCUGGCCAGCAGAAGAGGACGUUCUGUCUUCCGGAACAGAGGCAGCGCUCACAGCCUGUUUCCCGGGGAUCAAGGCGCAGCGCCCCGCCCCUCUCGUGGCCACGUCUCCGCCAGAGCAGUCUGACCCGGCGGCCCCCGCGGUUUUCUCAUCGCUGGAGCGAGGGUCCCGGAGAGGUGUCCGCGCCAGGUAUCAUGAUAUUACUUGGUUUGAUUUCAAGCCACUUAUGAGACUUUAAAUCUCCCGAAAAUGGAAAGCCUAGUGCUGUCCCUCCCAGGACCUCUUGGCUGUUGCUGAUGGCAUAACCUGAACUUGAGAGCAGUUCACUUGGAGCCCCUGAGUGUCAGCCCAGCCAUGGACGGUGCAUCAGCCAUGCAGGAUGGCCUUUUGGAGGAUGGGUUCAACCAUGGUACCUCAGCUCUCCCUGAGGUCCUCCCGAAGGUUCCAGGCCCACUGGCGCUGCCUGACCAGUGGGACAAUGAAGCCCAGAUCUUUUUUGCAGGCUCCAGCGGCGAGGGACACAGAACUUCCAGCGAAGGGGAAUGUCUGCAUGUACCUAACACGGAGGACACCUGUCCAAAUGGGUUGACAUCACAGUUCCCAGACCCUCCAUCAUCCCUCAGGCCCACCACAAGUCCAGUGGGUCCUGAUGCUUCUCCAGGUGUGGCUGGUUUCCAUGACAACCUAAGGAAGUCUCAGGGGACUAGUGCUGAGGGCAGUGUUAGAAACGAAGCUUUGCAGUCUCUCAGACUCAGUCUUCCCAUGCAGGAAACGCAACUGUGCUCAACAGAGGCUUCACUGUCUCUGGAGAAGGAGGAGCAGGUCCGACUUCAAGCUCGGAAACGGCUGGAAGAGCAGCUGAAACAGUAUAGGGUGAAGCGUCAUCAGGAAAGAUCCAGUCAACCUGCAACUAAAACAAGACUUUUUAGCACACUUGAUCCUGAGCUCAUGUUGAACCCAGAGACCUUACCAAGGGCCAGUACUGUGGCUAUGACAAAGGAAUAUUCCUUCCUGCGCACUAGUGUUCCUCGGGGGCCAAAGGUGGGCAGCUUAGGGCUCCUAGCACAGCCUAAGGAGAAACAGAGUUCCAAAUCAAGCAAGAUUCGGUCUCUGGCUGAUUACAGAACUGAAGACUCAGAUACUGGGAAUUCUGGUCGAACUGUUCCAGCUGCAGACUCUGCCAGGGCAUCCCUGAAGCAGAACCGAAACAGUGUGAUAUCAGUGGUGUCUGAGGUCAGCCUGUGUCCUGAGGCCGAUGACCGCCUGGAGAUCGCAUCCCUGAUGGGGGACAAUGUGUCUGAGGCUGAUGAGAACGAGAGCGACAGCUCCUCCUAUAGCAGCAUCUCCACCCGUGGGGCGCGUGGACUUUUGGCAAAUACCAUGGACAUGCGUGAAGCCACCUACGUGGUCAAUGGCCAGGAGAUUGCUGCUAGUGCCCUGGGCCAGUUCCCCUCCAUCACAGAUGUCCUCCAGGCUGCAGCAGCCGAACAGCAAGACCAGGGCCAGCAGGUCAACGGGGAGACACGGAGCCGGACAGACAGCAUCUGCAGCAGCGCAUCCAUGGAGAGCUCUGCUGCUGAAGCUCAUGAUGAAAUGCUGCAGGUCCUUAAGGAGAAAACGAGACUAGAGGGACAGCUAGAGGCAUUAACGCUGGAGGCGGGUCAGGCACUUAAAGAGAAGGCAGAGCUGCAGGCUCAGCUUGCUGCGCUGAGCACGAGGUUGCAGGCACACGCACAGCACAGCCACACCAGCCAGCAGAGGCAGGACUCGCUCAGUGCAGAGGUGGACACCUUGAAGCAGUCAUGCUGGGACCUGGAGCGAGCAAUGACUGACCUGCAGAACAUGCUGGAAGCCAAGAAUGCCAGCCUGGCGUCCUCCAACAGCGACUUGCAGGUGGCCGAGGAGCAGUACCAGAGACUGAUGGCCAAAGUAGAAGAGAUGCAGAGGAGCAUCCUCAGUAAGGACAACACGGUGCAUGACCUGCGACAACAGAUGGUGGCCUUGCAGAGCCAGCUACAACAGGUGCAGCUGGAGCGCGCAGCACUGACCAGCAAGCUGAAGGCAUCCCAGGCUGAAAUCUCAUCUCUGCAGAAUGUCCGGCAGUGGUACCAGCAACAGCUUGCCCUGGCCCAGGAGGCCCGGGUCAGACUGCAGGGUGAGAUGGCCCACAUCCAGGUUGGACAAAUGACCCAGGCAGGCCUCCUGGAGCACCUGAAGCUUGAGAACGUGUCCCUGUCCCACCAGCUGACUGAAACGCAGCACAGGUCCAUCAAAGAGAAGGAGCGCAUUGCUGUCCAGCUGCAGGGCAUCGAGGCAGAUAUGUUGGACCAGGAAGCAGCCUUUGUGCAGAUUCAGGAGGCAAAGACAAUGGUGGAGGAGGACCUGCAGAGGAGGUUGGAGGAGUUCGAGGAUGAGAAGGAGCAGCUACAGCAGAUGGCAGCCUCAGCAACAGCCCUGGAGCAGCAGUUAGAGCAGUUGACACUGACUUUGCAUCAGCGAGACCAGCAGCUGGAGGCUUUGCAGCAGGAGCACCUGGACCUGUUGAAGCAGCUCACCACUGCACAGGAGACUUUGCAAGCCAAGGAGCAGUCCCUGAAUGGCCUGCAGGUGCACUGUGACGAGCUGCAGGCCAGGCUGGAGGAGCUGCAGGGGGAGGCUGCCUCCAGGGACGAGGCAAUCUGCUUCCUGCAGAAUGAGAAGAUUGUCUUAGAGGUGGCUCUGCAAGCAGCCAAGAGUGGCAGGGAAGAAUUUGAUACAGGAGCAAAAAGCUUGGAAGAAGGUUCCGAGGGAACAUCAGAGACUUUAGAACAGUUGAGUCAAGAAUUAGCCAUCAAGUCUAACCAGGUGGAGCAACUGCAGCAGGAGACUGCCAGUCUUAGAAAGCAGACUCAGAAAAUAAAGGACCAGUUUCUUCAACAAAAGGUGAUGGUGGAGGCCUACCGGCGGGAUGCCUCCUCCAAAGACCAGCUCACUAGUGAACUGAAGGCCACAAAGAAGCUGCUCGACACAGAGGUGAAGGAGCUGAGGCAGGAGGUACUUCAGCUUCAGGGAGAGAAGAGGUCCACAGAGAUAGAGCAUUCACGCUUACAAAAGGAUGUGUCCCGGGUCCAUCAGCAGAUCGCAGAUCUUGAAGGGCAUCUGCAAUCAGUGCAGCAGGAGCGAGACCAGAUGGAGGCACACUUACAGACUUUGCAGUUCGAUAAAGAGCAGAUGGUCGCUCUCACAGAGGCCAACGAGGCACUUAAGAAACAGAUAGAGGAGCUGCAGCAAGAAGCUACAAAGGCCAUCACUGAACAGAAGCAGAAGAUGAGACGGCUGGGCUCAGACCUGACCAGUGCUCAGAAGGAGAUGAAGACCAAGCACAAGGCCUACGAGAACGCUGUGGGUAUCCUCAGCCGCCGCCUGCAGGAGGCCCUCACAGCCAAGGAGUCAGCUGAGACAGAGCUGAGCCAGCUGAGAGCCCAUGCGACAGAUGGUGGCAGUGACCUCAUUCUACACGAGAGAAUCCAGGCCCUGGAGGUAGAGCUGCAGACCGUUGGCCACAGCAAGAUGAUGCUGGAGAAGGAGCUCCAGGAUGUCAUCACGCUGACUAGCCAGGAGUUGGAGGAGCACCAGGAGAAGGUGCUGGAGCUAGAGGACGAGCUUCAAGAAUCCAGGGGUUUUAGGAGGAAGAUAAAGCACCUUGAAGAGUCAAAUAAGAAGUUGGCUCUGGAAUUAGAGCAUGAGAGAGGGAAGCUUACUGGCCUUGGACAGUCCAACACAGCUUUGCGGGAACACAACGGCAUCUUAGAGACAGCUUUAGCCAAGAGGGAAGCAGAUCUCGUUCAGUUGAAUCUUCAGGUGCAGGCAGUUUUGCAACGUAAAGAGGAAGAGGACCGCCAGAUGAAGCAGCUUGUCCAAGCUUUACAGGCUGCACUGGAGAAAGAAAAGGUGAAAGUACACAGCCUCAAGGAACAGGUCACUGCUGCCAAGGCAGAAGCAGGACAUAACCGCCGCCACCUGAAGGCUGCCACCUUGGAGCUGAGCGAGGUGAAGAAGGAGCUGCAGGCCAAGGAGCACCUGAUGCAGGAGCUGCAGGCCGAGGCCCACGCUCUCCAGAUUCAGGAUGGGAAACAUUUCCAGGAAAUCGCACAGUUCCAGGCAGAGUUGGCAGAGGCCCGAGCCCAGCUUCAGCUCCUACAGAAGCAGCUAGAUGAGCAGCUAAACAAACAGCCCAUAGGAAACCAAGAGAUGGAAAAUCUCAAAUGGGAGGUAGAUCAGAAAGAGAGAGAAAUCCAAUCCUUAAAGCAGCAGCUGGACUUGACUGAACAACAAAAUAAAAAAGAAUUGGAUGGUAUACAACAGCUGCUGCAGAAUAUCAAAUCUGAGUUGGAGAUGGUGCAGGAAGACCUGUCCAUGACCCAGAAAGAUAAAUUUAUGCUUCAAGCUAAAGUGUCAGAACUGAAGAACAACAUGAAGACUCUACUCCAGCAAAACCAGCAGCUCAAGCUGGACCUACGACGCAGCACAGCCAAGAUGAGGAAGGAACUCAAAGGUGAGGCUGGCUCUUCCAGUCCCGUGACACCAGUUAAGAUCCCUGACUGCCCAGUCCCAGCCUGGCUGCUGGAGGAGCUGCUGCGGCCCCCACCUGCUGUGAGCAAGGAGCCCCUCAAGAACCUCAACAGCUGUCUCCAGCAACUGAAGCAGGAGAUGGACAGCCUGCAGCGCCAGAUGGAGGCACACACUGUCACGGUGCAUGAGUCACUGUCAUCGUGGACUCAGGGGGACCCCACCGCCAUCCCUGCUCCCCCAGGAGACCACACCAACCCCAGAGGAGACACAGAGCUACAUAGUCAGAGCAGGACCCCCAGAGAGGGACUGGAACAGUGACUGCCACACAUCUGCACCUGGAGUGUUUGUAACUACUGAAAGGAAUAUUCUUUAUCAAUAUUAUUUAUUGAAUUUUGUGAUCUAUGUUUUUGUAAGAGAUGGAAGUUAAGUUUUACAUUUGCCUUUACAAGGGGUAAAAUAACACAUAAGAGCCAAGGCUUAGAGAAAUAGUCAUUUGUAGAUCACAGCUUCUCCCACAAAAUGACCAAAUCUUAAAAACCUAGUUUAGAUCUUAAUGAAAAGUUUUUGAAUGUGCCUGAAGGGUUAUUUGUGAAGGAGAGAUUGCCUUGAGCCAGCCAGCCAGUCACGAGUGGAAAGGGCACUAGCAGGUCUGGUUUCUUACUUUCUGUUUGAUUCAGUGAAAGCUUCACCUCCCUGCAGGAACGGAACUUUAUUUGCACCUUUGGUUUAUAUUUUAUAAUUUUCACUAGGCAUCCUGCCCAAGAGGGUUGUAUAUAAAUACUGAAAAUCGUAAUCUAAUCUUUAAAAAGUAUAAGUUCAUAUUAUUUAAGAAUGACAUGAAUUGAUUUUUGACUGCCUUUGAAAGUCCACUGUCAGGAUAUUAAUAUACAGUAGGAUUCGGGUGUCAGUCGGAAAUUGUAUUUUAAGAAAUACAAUUAUUUUAUUUACUCUGCCUUCUAAAACCACAUAUUCUUAGAAGGGUUGUUUUGGUUUUGCUGUAUUGGUGUGCUUCUUUGCCCAGCACGUCUGGCCUGGUCUCCCAUGAGGCCACCCUCAGAGGGUCGCAGCCUCCUUCCACCCAAGGCCGCUAUCUGGAGGGACUGCCCGGAGCCCCAGCCCCAUAGCCGCUCCACAGUCAGCAUGCCCAGUAUUUCCCCAAAGGCACCCACACACUUUUAAGUCUAGAUGCCGCCAUAACAAUGCCCCGCCCGUUGGAGAAAAUGGCAGGUCUGUCCUUAGAUCGGCUGUGCUCCCCUCUGCACAGUGCAGAGCCAGGUCACCCACAGGGCCUACUUGGAGCAAGUGGGCACCCCUUCCUUCUGCAACAGGCUCUGCUUGCCCACCUGUGCAUGUGCGUGGUGUGUGCUCCUGUGUGGGUACUGUGUGUGGGUGUGCAUGGUGUGGGUUCCUGCUCCUAGGCGUGCGUGUAUGUGUUGGCACAUGGGCAUGAGCACCUUGCAUACUUGUGCAUGAGGUCCUUGAGUGUGCAUUGGCACGUCUUGUGGGUGUGGUGUGGGCCCGUUGCGCGAGUAGGCACUUUGUGUGAUGGGCUUGUGCUUCACUGUGCAAGUGCACACCUGACAACAGUUCCUACCCUGCUCAGGCUGUUGCUGCCCCCACUUGGUCCCCAGUGAGCUCCACUCCAGCCCGGAGGAGACCUGUCUCCAGGGGCUUCUCCAUCAGCUCUGUACCCAGAGCUCCAUAUCUCUGGGGUGGGCGUGGGGAGGGAAUUUGCUGAGGGUUCACUACAGGCCAACCUGGGUACCGUGUCUGGAGUAGGAAACGGCCUGUGGCUAUUGAGUCGCUGCUUUUCUUAUCUUCUGAAGAUCCUUGUGUUGUGGCCGUCAGGCAGAUGCCCGGGCUGGCAGCUCCCAGGUGAAAAAGGCUGCCGCACUUAGAUGAGACUCCUAUGGCCCGGAUUCCCCCAGAAGACGGAACCUCUCGUGGUGAAGGCACUGGUACACCGUGACUGCCGAGGCCCUAAGUUCGCAAAGUCACUGCAAUGUUCAUCCUGCUUCCAUGAGUGUUUAGCAAACGUUAAACGUCACAUGAAGAUUCCUAAUGGCAAAAGGGAGCGGAGUAGUCUGGGUGACAAAUGACAUGCGUCCUGGGGCUCGAGGUGAGUGGCCCUCGAGCCCCAUGCAGACAGGCUCCAGGAGAGUCCGUGGUGGUGUCCUGGCUUAUGAUGGGAUCCUGGACGGUGACAUUUUACAGGUUCUGAACAGGUUGGUGGCUUUAAGUUACUCAUUUCUACCAAAAAAUUUUUCAAAAGGGAGUCCUCAGGUUGGGUGCUCAGGGGAAAGUUGUCACUGUGCACAAUGAAUUGUGAUUUUAAAAAGCAUGUUGACUUUCUUAGAAAUUUAAGUGUGCUUGGGAAUUUCUUAAAUUUUGUGCAAUAAACUAUUUUUUGUUAAA